UUCUGUGGGCAGGGCGCCCAAUGGGCGGCAAUGGGCAAAGACCUCAUGUCUUUCCCUGUGUAUAGGGCCUGUCUCAAUGAGGCCAGUUGCUUUUUACAGCUGGGGCUGGGAGCUCGAUUUGACCUUUUAAAGGAGAUUCUCAGAGGAGCUGAGGAUACGCGCAUAUCCGAUCCAGAAAUCUCCCAGCCCGCAACAACUGCUCUGCAAGUCGCUCUGGUUGACCUUCUCAAGUCUUUACAUGUUCAGCCUCAGUAUGUGUUGGGACAUUCUUCGGGCGAAAUUGCCGCUGCUUAUGCCUCUGGAGCCAUAUCGCGAUACGACGCGUGGAAGAUUGCCUACUUUCGUGGUUUGGCCGCAGCGAGCAUUCCGUUCCGGGCUUCGAAGCUGAAGGGGGGCAUGAUGGUGGUCGGAAUGUCGACUGAAGAAGCGUCAGCGUAUCUCGCCAGGAUCAACAAGUCUGCACAAAUCGCCUGCAUCAACAGCCCACGCUCGAUCACAAUAUCUGGACAAGCUGACGCCAUUGAGUUCAUCGCUCGAGAUCUAACUCAAAGAGACAUUUUCAACAGAGUCCUGAAUGUCAAGGUCGCAUAUCAUUCGUCACACAUG